AUAUGUGCAGCACAGCAACAAGAAGAGCGAACAAUUAAUAACAAUCAAAUAAGAGGAGAGAUUAUAACUUGAAAAUCUCCAUUUUUCAACAAUCAUCUCUUCGGAAAGUAAAGAUAACAGAGCUUCCGUUGGUUUGACGACUUCCAGUGGCAGAGGAAACAAAGCUUCUAGUGGCAACAACAACAAGUUUGUUGCAAUGUCGAAAGACCGGGCCGUUGAAGACAAUGCAAAUAUGGGAAAGCUGCAGAUUUCUAAUACUAUUUUCACUGGAGGUUUCAAUACGGUGACUCGAAUGCACGUAAUCAAAUUGGAUAUUGAACAGAGUUACACAGAUGUUAGUGAUGAUGAAGCGAAGGACCAAGGUUUGUCACUGCUUUCAGUGGCUGAUGAUUCGGAGACCAAGGACAGUGCUGGGUUUGGCUCAGAGGUGAAGAAUGAUUUUCAGCACCAGCCUAACUUUGGGGAGAAAACCCGGCGACCUUUAACCCGGAAAUUCUCUGUUUCUCCUACCAUUCUAAUCCCAUACAGAUUGCUUUCAAUAAUUCGUAUACUGCUACUUGGUUUCUAUCUAACAUGGAGAGUUAGACAUCCAAAUCAUGAAUCAAUGUGGCUGUGGAGAAUUUCUAAUACGUGUGAGCUCUGGUUUGCAUUGUCAUGGCUAUUAGAACAACUUCCAAGGCUCUGCUUAAUAAACAGAGCCACUGACAUAUCUGCUCUCAAGGACCGAUUCGAGUCCCCAAAUCUUCAAAACCCCAAAGGUCGAUCCGAUCUCCCAGGAAUCGAUGUGUUUGUGACGACGGCGGAUCCUGAAAAAGAACCUCCACUUGUGACAGCCAACACCAUUCUCUCAAUCCUUGCUGUGGAUUACCCGGUUGAAAAACUGGCUUGUUACUUAUCAGAUGAUGCCGGUUCUCUCCUGACAUUUGAAGCACUUGCUGACACAGCCAACUUUGCAAGAAUAUGGGUUCCAUUCUGUCGAAAGCACGGAAUCGAGCCAAGGAAUCCUGAGGCCUAUUUCAAACAAAAGCAUGAUUUUCUUAACAAUGAAGUGAGGCUUGACUUGGCUGGAGAUUGGAGAAGGGUGAAGAGGGAGUAUGAUGAAUUUAAGGUAAGGAUUAAUUCAUUGCCAGAGACUAUAAAGAGAAGAUCAGGUUCUUACAACGCCAAGGAAGAACUCAAAGCCAAUAUGAAUCCAUCGGAAAUGGGGGAAAAUUCUUCCGACGAAAUAAAGAUCUCAAAGGCAACUUGGAUGUUUGAUGGCUCCUAUUGGCCAGGAACGUGGGAAGUUUCAGGUGAAGAUGACCACUCUAGAGGGGACCAUGUUGGUAUAAUUCAGGUUAUGCUACCCUCUUCUGAUGCAAAACCAGUUUAUGGUUCAAACACAAAUGGGAAGCACUUGAUUGACACAACAGACGUGGAUAUUAGAUUGCCAAUGCUUGUUUACAUGUCUCGUGAGAAGCGACCAGGGUACGAUAACAACAAGAAAGCUGGAGCGAUGAAUGCUCUUCUUCGAACCAGUGCAAUCAUGUCAAAUGGACCCUUCAUUCUCAAUCUUGAUUGUGACCACUACAUAAAUAAUUCCUUGGCUCUAAGAGAGGGGAUGUGUUUUAUGCUUGACAAGGGCGGCGAUCGAGUUUGUUAUGUCCAAUUUCCGCAAAGGUUCGAUGGAAUCGAUCCGGACGAUCUGUAUGCAAAUCUUAAUACUCUAUUUCUUGAUGUAAACAUGAGGGCUCUUGAUGGGUUACAAGGCCCUUAUUACAUAGGGACUUGUUGCAUUUUUAGGAGGAUAGCUCUCUAUGCAUUUAGUCCUGCAAGAGUAACAGAGCACCAUGGUCUAUUUGGUACUCGAAAAACUAAGCUGUUACUAAGAAAGGUGACGGUAUCAAAGAAGGAAGACGAUGAGAUGGCGAGUCAAAUCAAUCAAUGUGCUUUAGAUUGUGAUGAUGAUGAUGAUGAUGCAGACACUCGCUCCUUGCUUCUGCCAAAGAGAUUUGGAAACUCUACUUCUCUGGCUGCAUCAAUUAAAGUUAUGGAGUUUCAAGGAAGAUUGCUUCAAGAACUCGAAAGUAAGGGCAAUCAAGGUUGCCCGACUGAUUCUCUUACUGCGACUCAGGAACCUUUAGACGUUGCCACCGUUGCUAAGGCCAUUACUGUUAUUUCCUGCGACUAUGAGGACAAUACAGAGUGGGGUAAAAGAGUAGGAUGGAUGUACGGCUAUUUGACAGAAGAUGUGCUAACCGGCUACCAAAUGCACAACAGAGGUUGGAGAUCAGUGUAUUGUAUUACCAAGCACCACGCUUUUCGAGGCACGGCGCCAAUCAACCUAACUGAUAGGCUUCAUCAAGUGCUCGUAUGGGCAACAGGGUCUGUUGAGUUGUUUUUCUCGAGGAACAACUCCUUGUUCGCAACGCGUAGAAUGAAGUUCUUGCAGAAAGUAGACUACUUUAACACUUCAGUAUAUCCAUUCUCAUCCUUCUUCAUUCUUGUCGACUGCUUCUUGCCUGCCGUUUCUCUGUUUUCAGGACAGUUCAUGGUCCAGUCAUUUGUAACAUUAUUAACCUUCAAUCUUGUUGAUUCCAUUACAUUAUACUUACAUGCCAUUCUAGAGAACAAGUGGUCAGGCAUUACGAUCACCAACAGGUGGCGAGAGAAGCAAAGCGUUGUAAUGUGGGGGACAAGCUCCUAUCCGGCUGCUGUGCUGCAAGGCUUGGUGAAGCUCAUAGCAGGAGUAAACAUCUCAUACACAUUGACACCCAAACCAGCCACACCAAAGGAUGGAGAUGACGAAUUUGCCGACUUAUACGUGGUGAAGUGGAGCUUCCUGAUGAUUCCCCCCAUCACAAUCAUGUUGGUGAACACAAUUGCGAUUGCAGUGGGAAUUGCAAGAGCAUUGUAUAAUCCAUAUCCAGAAUGGAGCAAGCUUAUAGGGGGAGUGUCCUACAGCUUCUGGGUUCUAUGCCAUUUCCACCCUUUCGCCAAAGGGCUGAUGGGACGUCGCAGCCGAGCGUUGAAUUUAUUCUAUGUUUGGUCCGGACUUCUGUCGAUCAUAGUCUUGUUGUUGUCGAUCUACAUUAAAUCUUCUUCUGAGACACAAAAUCAUAUGAAGUUUCUAUUCCCUUAAUUGGAUUUGGGAAAAGGAAAUCUCCUCAAUUUCCUGUUGUUAUUAUGGGUGAACAUGAAGUUAGUAGUAAGGAUUGUGCAAGUAUGUGUUGAUGGAUGGAUUCAUGUUUUGUGUUGACAACUUAGAUUGGAUUUUGUGUAAACCCCAACUUCUCCUUUUUAAAUACUUUUCCUUCUAUAGUUUAGUU